AUGAGUUCGACCACCAUUUCACCGGACGAUCCUCUCGUCUCAGCAUUGCCGCCAGCUACAGACUACAUGACAUACUUGACCUUGCUGGAGUACCAACUGACCCCUCAAAAUCUCCCUACUCUGAACAGACUACUUAGUGAAGACGAGGGUAAACUGGCCGAAGAAAUUGGAUGGGAUCUCCUGAAGCUCCUUCUCCCGAUGAUGAGCGAUUGCCCCGAUGAGGCCAAUCAAUGUUUGGAAAUUGUUGCACGAAGAGGAAAUCCGCGAGAGGUGGUCGUCCGUGUAGCCGAAGAGCUGGAGAAGUUAGGUGACGAAGUCGAAGAUGACGAUGACGACUUCAGCCAAGGAGAUGGGGAGGAUGCACUCCCAACCUUUGCCGGCGAAGCGCCGCGUGUUCACCUAGGAAAUAUGACUCUCGAAGGUAUGCCGGAAGUCACCCAACCCUCUGGGAGCUCUCCUGUUCAGAAAGAUGAUGAUCUGGGUUCAAGCAAACGGUCACCUCCACUCAGGUCGUUGAAACUACGGGCAUUGUUGGAUAUGCUUGGCCUUCUUCAUCCAAGGAUCAAGACACAAUUUCCCAGCCGAUUUCUCGCGACUUCUUUACCCGCGGCAUUAGGUGCAUACCGACAAGUUUCCAUCUCGGCGGCAACUACGUCUUCCUUUCUGACCAUGUUGGAAAGGCUAGCAGGAAAGCAACGUCCUCCUCUUCCUCCCCGAAUAAGCAGUGGCCAGACUGUGACAUCCUCAUCUGGUCCAGCUCAAAAUGGAGCUACUUCGACCGCUCUCUUACCGGACCCCGAGGCGAAAGCGGAAGAGCAGGAAACAGGUGUCAAGGAACCCUCGGAAGAAGAAAAAGCGAUCAUCUUUCGACUUCUUGCCGCAGUCAUCCUGGAAGUGUUGGACGAAUACUUGUCAUCUCUCUCAUCGCGAGAACACCCGUGCAUGUCUUGGACAUCUCGUCUACGAGAGCAGCUCCAGCCUCAGAGAAUAUGGCCUGGGAGGCCAGCUGAAACUCAAUUGUGGGAAGAAACAGGAGAAUUGAAGGAACGGACCGCUCUCCUGGCGAGAUUUCAUAAGUUGAGCGAGGCGCUGCAUCUCGAUGCGGGAAUGGAGAUCAAGAAACUUCUCCACGACGAAGAUGAGCCCGAAGAGCCAGAAGAAGAAGAGGAAGAAGCGUCAGAGUACCCAACAUCGCCUUCUCAAAUUCCGUUCCCUCGAGCAGGAGUCAUCUUCCUUCAUGCCUACGAAGCCUAUCUUCAAAGGACCGACUACUCGCCACGGCUCUCCACUACCGAACUCACCAAACUGAUCGCGCAUUCAUUUCCCCUCUCGGCAACACCUUCUAUCCCCUCCCCAGCUCUACAAGACUCAUUGCUCAGCCUUCUGUACCGCCAUACACUCUCGAAUCAACCAACAGAAAGUCAACCCUCGCCGGCGAAAUUCCUUCUCCUUUUAAGCACUCUUACUCAGCUAUUCACCAUCACUCCUUGGACUCACCUCCGCGACUCCGCGCACCAUAUUUCCACCAAAUUGUUACAUGCAUAUCCGGAUACCGAGGUUCGACUGCGUGUGAUCUCACAGACGCUCGAUGGCAGCACACUGAGCACCAACUGGGCUGAGAUUGAAGAUGAACCGGACCCGGAGCCGGGAAUUGACGAAGAAACGGGCCUCGCACGAAGUACAUCUGCACUGCAGCCCCAUCCAAUCCCGCUUGCGCCGCCGCAGCAACUGGGGGCGUUGAAAGCGGUGGGCGUGGAUUGGUUGAAGGAUGAGUGUGCGGCCUGGAUUCGUGCAAAUGCCCCAGAUAAAGAAGCGAGGGCGCCGGGCGAAUCCCAAGGCCUCAAUCCAUCCAUUCUCACGCCGACGGUCCACUCAGAAGUUCAGCGCGAGGAUAACGGUAUCGAUACGUCUUCGCUACUGGAUCUGCUCUUUCCAAAAGAUCUGCCCACGUUGCUGCCGGGGACAGCCACGACACCAUCAGCAUCGAUUCCAGCCUCGCAUUCUGAUCCGGGUCUCGACGAGCCCGACACCAUGUCCUCCUUCCUCCUCGAUAUCCCUUAUUUCAUCUCCACCCUGAACCUGCUCUGCGUUGUUCUUCCCCACCUACCUCAUGGCUCUUCUUCCUCGUCCAUAGGUCUCACCACUCGCAUAUCCUCACACAUCAACUCCCUGACUUCAUCAUCAAAAUUUCUUCUCUCAAUACUUCAGCACACCACGUCAUCUUCGCCCAAGGAUCGAGACGUUGGGGACGACGGCGACGCAGUCUUGGCUGAGAGUCGCGCCGAUAUCUUUGCGCUGGAAGACGCAUGUAUGCGGGCCACGGCGGCGUUGGAGCGGAGAAAAGACACAACUUCAUAA